AUGAUAAGAAUGUAAGUAUUAUUUAAUAAUAAAAUUGUAGAAUUGAACUAAAAAGUUACUUUUAUUUAUAUAAACAGUUGUUUUUAUAGGACUAAUAAUAUAUUCCUUUGAUUUUUAAAAGAAUCUAUUUAGAUUAUUCUAUUAUUAUGAAUUGCUUAAGUUAUUUAAAUAAAUAUAAAGAAAAUAUAUAUAUAUUAAAUUAACUAAUGAUUGAUUACUCCAAUAGUAAUUUAUAUUCUACAGGUCCCUAAACUGUUGAUCAAAGCAAAAAAUUACAAGUUAAAACAAAAAUCUUAGGUUAUAAUCCUGAAAUGAAUAAUAAUCAUUAAAAAUUUGUACCUUUAAAAUAAAUAUUACCAAUAUCAAUAGAUCUACUUAAUUUCAUCUUAACUAAUCUCAUCUCAAGUAUUUUAUUAAAAUAUAAUAGUUAUUUUGGAAAUAAUUAAAAGAGAUCUAGCUACACCUAAUAUAAGCAUAGAUUAAAUUAUGAUGAUAGAGGAUAAUUAUGAUUGUGGAAUGCCUUAUAUUUUUAGUAGUUAGGAUAAUACAUCUGCUAGAACAUGUGAAAAAUAAUUAUUGAAACAAUUUUCUUAAUUAUGUAAUUCUAUUAAAUAUUAACUUUAGGUGAAUAAUUAGGAUAUAAUCAAGAUUUAAUUAAAUGUGAUAGUCUUUAAAGAUUUUAAGAAAUAUUACUUCUCAAAAUUAAUUUUGAAUAAGAUUCUUUGAAAGAGAACUCUAAAACUCUUUUUAAUUAUUUUUAAUUAGAAAAUUCAGAGACAUGUAAUGAAAAUUAAUUUACUUUAUUGAAAAUAACAAAAGUUCCAAAAUUUAUUCUUAAUGCUUAAAAUGAAGAUUAAAUUGCAAUAAAAAUAACUCAAUAGAACUAAUAAAUUUAUGAAUUGAGAGAAGUAGAAAUUAUUGAAGAUUUUAAGAAUUAACAUCUUCCAUUUUUAUAUGGAUAUAUCAGAUAUUCAGAUAUACUUGUGCUCUUUUUGAAAAAGCAUGAUUGGACUUUCGAUUUCAUAUCAUUAGAAUUAUAUAAAAAGAGAAGAUAAAUUGAACAAAAAUAAAUUGAAUAAAUAUUCUUAAGAUUGUAUUAACAAAUGAUCAUAGCCGUGCAAUAUAUACAUUCUAUAGGCAUAAUUCAUAGAGAUAUAAAACCAGAAAAUAUAAUGUUUGAUUUAUCUUAAUAAAUACAAAAUUAUAUUGAAAUUAUCAACAUACCAAUAAAUUGUGUGAUGAUAGAUUUCGAUAGAUCUUUUAAUUAAGCAAAUGGAAACCUUAACAAUUAAUCUCAUUAUGAGGGAACUCCUUUUUUUAGACCUCCAGAAGGUGAAUAGAGUAAAUAUAAUUAAAGUUACGAUAUUUGGUAAUUAGGAUUCAUGUGGUUGGUUAUAUAAAAAUGUUUUUAUCAAAAAAAAUAAGUUGAAUUUGAAAAAUUAUAAAGAAUGUAAGAUAAGAUAUAAAAAUUAAAUCAUAUUAUCAAAACUAUCGAAUUUAAAUUAUAAGAGUUAGAUUUGAACUAUAUAGAUGAAAAAUAGAGAAUGAAUGAGCAUUUUAAAUUAUAAAAUUAGAUAUAAUUUUUAAUGUUUGAAAGGAGUAAAAACUAUAUGAAUUUAAUUAAAGAAAUUGAUGAAUAAGAGAACUUUUUUUCAUAUGACAUUGAACUUUAAAAUAUUAUCAAAGAAAUGAUCCACCUCAAUCCUUCAGAAAGAGCCAAUCUUUAUCAAGUAUAAGAGGUUAUAGAUUCACUCAUUAAAUGAA